AAGACCCUGCAUCGCCGGCUCGGGCUCGGGCCCGGGCUCGGGCUCCGUCACCGUCACUCGCGUGCCAGAGCCCAGAGGGAGACUUGCUGAGUCAUCAGCAUGAGGUCACUCGGUGCUCAAGCUGAUACCGGAGGGGAUCGGAGCGAGGGGCCUCAGGGACUGAAAGGCCGCCAGCGGGAGGUGGGAGGGAGCCGUGGCGAUGUGGGAGGGGGCCGGGCCCCGCGCCUUGGGGUGCCUGUUUAAGUGAGGGCCGAGCGAUCCUUUCGAAGGCAGGAGUGCUUGAAGAGGAAGUGGGGGUGGCUUAUUGCAGGUGUUCUCCCGGGAUCGAAGGUGAAGCCCCGGGCCAUCCACCGGUUCCCAGGCGGCUCUUCUCCGGCAGCUGGUCCUGGUCCCACGUCCGGAGCAGUUUCCCAAACUGGGAAAUAGUUCCCUGAGUGAGGGAGGGGAGGAGCUUCGGUGGGCUGUGCUAGCCAAAGGGGAAGUCGGCUUUCCCUGGGACUGGCCUGUCUGGACAGCCCCUGGCCAGAGAUCCAGGCCCUGGGAGAAAGAGGGGUGUGUGUACCAAGCCCUGGGUGACAGUGGGCAGGGCAGGGCAAGGAGGAAGCAGGGCAGGUCUACCAGGAAAUUGCAAGGGGGAGGAAGCAGCCCUGCCUCUCUCCCCAGUUGGCCUUGGAGUCUGGGUUGAGACUGGGUGGUGGGAGCUUAGGGGUGCCUAGCCUUGGGCUGGUGUGGAAGGCAUAGGGUGGCAGAACGCAGCACCCAGUCACCCCAGAGUUGUCCCUACCUGAAGUCAGGCCUCAGUGUUGUGUGAAGUUAGCAAAGAGAAUGGCCCUGCUGGGUGUCUGGCCUGGUGGCCCAGGGGAUGUGUGCCAGGAUGUUUGGGAAGUGGCAGCCUGGGAGUCAUGUGGCCUGAGCCACCUCUCCUUGGGUAUGUGGAGAUUCGUGAAGGUAGCCUUCCUUUGCCCAGGGGUUCAUGGCUGCGUUAGGCCACUUUGUGGUUUUUCCUCAGGAAUGCCCAGACAGAGUACAUGUCUACUCUCAUUGAGCCCUGGGGCUUAUAGAUUCCAGAUGUUUCGAUGCUUCCGCUGACCUUUGGUCUGGAGUUUUACGCCCUGGGAAAAUGCAAGGCCCUGGAGGGGCAUUUGUGAUAUUCUCAGUCACUUAUGCAUCAGUGGAAACUAAGUUUUAGAUUCUGUUCAAAGAGUGACUUUGAGGAGCUGAGCGCUUCUGCAGCAGGUGGAUCCAAGGGUGGGAUGACAGCAGAGGCCAUAACUUCCGGGGAGUUUCGGCCACUGGGCUUUGCAGACUAGUGGGGCUGUCUUUGUUCAGGCACAGGAGUUCCACUUAGCCAAAGGGAGAUGGAGCUCCCAAACCUCCUUCCCUUUCCUGGCUCUCAGUGUGAAAUGGGUGGCCCAGGUACCUUGGUGGGUUGGGGAGUCGUGAUCACCUGUGCCUCCUGUGUGAGGUGGGCUCAGCCUUUGGGGGAGCAGAGGAUGCCUGAUCAGCAGAGGAUGUCUGGCCAGCCUUCAGGGUGGAGGAGGGUUAGGUUGGGGCCAGCUUCUCCUUAGUCCUUCAUCUGCUCCGUCCCUCUCAGCCCAGCUCCAGAGGCUGUCCCUGCUCAGCGUGUGUCCCAGCUUGCCAGAGGCUAGGUCAGGAGCCUGGAAACACUGGCUGUGCUCAGGCCUGCCCCUCCCCCACCCGAGCACACCUUUGAUUAAGAGGUGAUUGGCUGCACUCGUGCUGAGUUCAGGCCUUCUGCAGAGGGCAAAAUCUGUCGAGGAGGCAGUUUUCCGUGUGAUCUCUUCAGGAAGUCACCGCUGUCAUUGUGCUUAGCAGCAGGGGUGGGGGUGAUGGGGGUGGGAGAAGCUGGUGCCAGGACAGUGUCUCUACACUCUGACUUGCACUCAAGGCUGGGGGGCCCCUGCCGUGCUCGGCUGAGGCCCUGUCUCCUGGGGCAGUGUGGUGCCGGUUAUGUAGGAAAGAGCUCCUGUGGGCCUUCUGACCUCCAGCGCAGGUCUUCCCCGUCCUUUAUCUGGAAGAAUCCAGUGGCUGGAGCCUUGGCACCUUGCCUCUGAGUUGGCUUGGCUGUGGGGAGGGGUCUCUGACCUCCCCUUCCUGCUGUGUGGGUUCAGCCUCACCUCCUGAUCCAAGGCUGGGUGAGGUGGGGUCUCCACCCUGGUGAGGACGUGUGCUUUCGCCUGGCCACACUUCAGCAACUGGUGAGAGAAGUCCCCCAGCCCAUAAUUUCCUGAAGUGCUCCUGGCUCCUCUGGAGGAGACUCCCAUCUGUCUGCAUCAAACCUGGAAAGUGGGGGAUAGAGCGUGGGGCUGGAGGGUCCAUGCCCAAGGGUAUGGUGGGAGCUGGGCUGAGCCAGGAAUCCCAGAUGGGUUUCUGGGAUGAGGUGCACAGAAAUGUCCUUGGCAAGAAAGUGAGCUGCGUGCUGGGAGGACCCCAAAGAGCGCCUGCUCGCUGUGCCCCCGGGUUAUGACGACCCCCAAUAAAGGAAACAAGGCCUUGAAGGUGAAGCGGGAGCCAGGUGAGAAUGGCACCAGCCUGACUGAUGAGGAGCUGGUGACCAUGUCGGUGCGGGAGCUGAACCAGCACCUGCGGGGCCUGUCCAAGGAGGAGAUCGUCCAGCUGAAGCAGCGCCGGCGCACGCUCAAGAACCGCGGCUACGCUGCCAGCUGCCGUGUGAAGCGGGUGACGCAAAAGGAGGAGCUGGAGAAGCAAAAGGCAGAGCUGCAGCAGGAGGUGGAGAAGCUGGCCUCGGAGAACGCCAGCAUGAAGCUGGAGCUCGACGCGCUGCGCUCUAAGUAUGAGGCGCUGCAGACCUUCGCCCGGACGGUGGCUCGCAGCCCUGUGGCGCCGGCCCGGGGCCCCCUUGCUGCCGGCCUGGGGCCCCUCGUCCCAGGCAAGGUGGCUGCCACCAGCGUCAUCACAAUAGUAAAGUCCAAGACGGAUGCCCGGUCGUAGGGACGCGCAUCUGCCCAGGCGGGUCUUUGCGGGGCCACUAGGCACAUGGCGAAUUCGGCUGCCCUGUCCCUCUGUUUCCUUCUCUUUCCUCCCUCUCUUCCCCGCCCUUCUCUCUUCCCUGCAAAGCACAACCUGUACCCCAGGGGCACCAGGCUGAGCCCCUUUGAUCUCGUCAUUGUCGUCGUGUGUUUUGUAUGUUGGGAUUGGUCAGUUUGGCGGUGACGUGGGGUCGCCCCAACCCUUUUUGUACCAAGGCCAUGCAGGCUUGGAGCCCAGAGUUGGUGCGGUGGGAAUGGACUUCAGAGAGAUGCAGGGAGAGAGACGGAGCUGGCACGCUGGGCCUCUCGUGUCCCUGAGCAGUGAGGGUUCCCGUGUGCUCUCCCGGGCUGGGAAGGAUUCACUCUCUUUAGCCCCAGGAGGGCAGCUCAGCUCAGCUCAGCCCAGCAUGAAGAGACGGGCUGUGUUCUGAGAGGAGGGCAUGGCCUUGAGGGCCCUGAUGGGGGGACCGCCAGCCUGGGCGCAGUGGUGCUGGGUCCAGGAGCUGCGCGCUCAAGCCUGACCCGUUGCACUGAACAAGACCAAAUCGCUGGUUGUGCGCUUACGUGAGGGUGAGUCCCGUGUGCCCUGCGAUGGGUCCCGUGUCACUGUUUACAUGACCUAUUUGUGUGGUUAUAUAGCCCUUUAUUUAAAAGAGAGAAGUUCCUUUUACAAAGUUAUUAAUUAUAUGUUUAAAAGUUAAAGAGAAAAGCUGCAGAGUAUUUAUAAAACUGUCUUUUAGAAAAAAAAAAAACAAGCAAGAAGACCAUUUGACCAUAUCAAUGGAAAAAGGAAGAAAG